GAUGUUUAAAUCAAAGUGAGCAGUGGAGGGGACCAGCUGUUUCUGGUGGGGUGGUGGUUGGUGGUGAAGGCCGAAGGGGGUUGUGAUCGAAAGCUUUUGACCCGCCUUCUCUGCUUUGCUGUUUCCCACUACAAGUUCCACAGGGCCAUGGAACUUUCUCUGCCUCUCAGAUUUUCACCACCGGCUUUUUCUCUUAUAUCCCAAUCUCCGAUUAAGUACUUCACCGACCAUCAAACUUCCACUAUUUCCCAACCCAUAAUCACCCCCAAACUCACAUUUUCACCCCCCAGAAGAACCAACCGCUUUGUUGUAACAGCGAAGAGAAAGAAACGCAUUGAUGGUGUGAGCGAGGAGCUCAAUUUGAUAGCUUCCCAGAACCUUGAUUUUGCCCCUGCUCGCAGAAGGGUUCGAUCUGCUUUCGUUGAGGUGCAGCAAAAGCUUGAUCAUUGCUUGUUCAAGUUUGCUCCUACUGGGAUCAAAACAGAGGAGUGGUAUGAAAGGAAUUCAAGGGGAUUGGAACUAUUCUGUAAAAGCUGGAUACCAGAACAAGAUCUUCCAAUUAAAGGUGCUUUGUGUUUUUGCCAUGGAUAUGGUGAUACUUGCACCUUCUUCUUUGAAGGUAUUGCCAAGCGAAUUGCUGCUGCUGGCUAUGCUGUUUAUGCUUUUGAUUAUCCAGGUUUUGGUCUUUCUGAGGGAUUGCACGGUUACAUCCCAAGCUUUGACGAAUUGGUCGACAUUGUCAUAGAACAAUACAAGAAGAUUAAAGGUAGGCCUGAAGUGAAAGGAUUGCCCCACUUUAUACUGGGGCAGUCCAUGGGGGGAGCUGUUACUCUAAAAGUUCAUCUAAAGGACCCACUCGACUGGGAUGGAGUGAUUCUUGUGGCUCCUAUGUGUAAAAUUGCAGAGGAUGUGAAACCCCCAGCACCAGUUCUGAAGGUAUUAACCCUCAUGUCAAGAGUAAUGCCAAAAGCAAAGCUUUUCCCGCAGAAAGACCUGGCUGAAUUGGCUUUUAGAGAAUUGAAGAAAAGGAAAAUGGCUGUAUAUAAUGUGAUUUCUUAUGAUGACCAAACGCGGUUGAAAACAGCGGUUGAGCUUCUUAAGGCAACAAGCGAUAUUGAAAGGCAGGUUGAGAAGGUUUCAGUUCCAUUGCUAAUUCUUCAUGGAGCUGCAGAUAAAGUGACAGAUCCUCUAGUGAGUCAAUUUUUAUAUGAGAAAGCUUCAAGCCAAGAUAAAACACUAAAACUCUAUGAAGAAGGUUAUCACUGCAUUCUUGAAGGAGAACCUGAUGACAGAAUUUUUACAGUCCUUAAUGAUAUUAUCAGCUGGCUAGAUUCAAGGACUUCCCUUGCAUAAAAUUAUUUUUUGAAGUCCAUUUUUAAUGUGAAUUAGGAGUAUCAUACUCUAGGAAUAUUGAAUAGUUCCAUUAUUUGUCUUUGUAAUAAUAAUAUUGUUUUUAUUAUUAUUACAUAUGUGAGCAUUAUUAUACUGUCAGAAUUUUGCUUGACAAUUUGUUUUCUGUACCAGAAAAAUAAAAUGUACUAAAGUAAGAAAAAUAAGACGUACUAAAGUAGGAUUUUUAUUUA